GCCCGGAAAAAAGCGUCCACCUCAAAUCCCAAUUAUUUCGGUCGGUCAGCCAAGUUUAUUCUCUUCUUCUUGGCUCAUGCAUAGUCCCAUCCCAAUUCAGCAAAAACACUUUAACUAAAAAUCAAGACUGAUUAGCAUUAACUAAUCACCGGUUAAUCUCCACCACCACCCUCUGCCCCAGUCAACACUUCUUUCUUCUUCUUCACCACCCAUCAGCAGCAGCCCCCCUUUAUAGACUCUCUCUCUCUUCCUCAAAUGGUCGGAGACGCCAGACCCAUUUCUCAAAACCCCGAAAGUUUUCAACUUUCAUAAAAACCCACUUGUCGGCAGCAGCAGCAGAUCUAUUCAAAACCCACCCCAAUCCCCUAUCCCUUCUAAUUAUUCUCAGAAAAACUCCCACUUUUUUGGGUUUUUUUCUUUCCAUUUUGGGCAACAAAUGUCAGGUAUGGACUCAUCAGAGCAACGCCGCAAGCGGAAGCGCAUGCUUCGGUCCUACUCACAAGCAAAGCACUACUUGUCCCUGAGAAGGCCUCUCAUUCUCUGCUUCUCCUUCUUCAUCUUCCUCUUGCUCCUCUCUUUCGAACGCUUUCGUCCGGCGUCGUUUCGGCCCGUCCUCACCGCCUCCACCACCACCCUCUCCCUUCUAUCCUCCACCGCAAGCAAUUCGAUUCUCGAGUCUUUCACUAACAGAAACAGAAACAGCAACAGCAACAGCAGAGACUCGUCCCCUCUUCGAGUUCAAGAUCGAAUCUUGUUUCCCGAUCACAUUCUUCUCAUUGUGCCCAAUAGGUUUCGCCAAAACGACCAAUUGGAGUGCGUUUACCAUAGAUUAUCCAACGGUUCAGAUGAGCUUCUUCAAGAUGGAGAAAAGAAUCCGCACCUGGAUUUUGCUAUUCGACCGGUUUUGUCCACCGACGUCUACGACGAGCUCCGUUCCAUCGCCAGGUGUCCGCUGCCGUCGAAUAAUUACUCGGAGGCCGUCGAUUUGCGGAGGCGUGGCGGCGGUUACGAUUGGACGGCUGGGAUUAACGGGACGGCUUAUCCUUGGGACAGAGUAGUUUACGAGGCGGUUAUUGAUAUUGAUGGAGACACGGCGGUUGUGUUCGUUAAGGGGUUGAACCUCAGGCCCCACAGGAAAUCGGAUCCGACCCGACUCACUUGCCAUUUCGGGUUGGGCAACAAUGGCAACUGGGAAAAAGACCUGGGCUUUGUGCUCACCACUGAAGCUGUCACGGCGGCUCAGGAAGUUGUCCGGUGCUUGCUGCCCCGGACUAUCCGAAACAACCCGGAUAAGACCCAUGGAGUUCGGGUCACGAUUGGUUACAACACUGGCAGCGCCAGAGCUCCAGUUCAUGUCACUCUGCCUUCUGUGGCCACACUUUACAGUUCUAAAUCCACUGUGAGAAACGAAAACCAGAAGAAGAAGAAACACGAGCUUUGUGCUUGCACCAUGUUGUGGAACCAAGCACCAGCGCUAAAAGAGUGGGUUAUGUACCACGCUUGGCUUGGAGUUGAGCGCUGGUUCGUUUACGACAACAACAGUGACGACGGGAUUGAAGAUGUGGUUCAGGAGCUUGAGUUGCAGGCCUACAAUGUCAGCAGGCAGAGCUGGCCAUGGAUCAAAACCCAAGAAGCAGGCUUUUCGCGUUGUGCUUUGAGAGCAAGAGACGAGUGCCAUUGGGUUGGCUUCUUUGAUGUCGACGAGUUCUUCUACUUCCCUAGGGCGUUUCGGCACCACAGAGGAGACGGUGUUCCUGGUGAAAACUCGCUUCGAAACCUUGUUUCGAAUUAUUCCUAUUCGCCGACGAUUGGGGAGAUCAGAACAGAUUGCCAUAGCUUUGGGCCAUCUGGGCUGAGUUCACAUCCAUCGCAGGGUGUCACUGUUGGGUACACUUGCAGGCUGCAAAGCCCUGAGAGGCACAAGUCUAUAGUAAGGGCAGAUUUGCUUGAUGUUACUCUGCUCAAUGUGGUUCACCAUUUUAGGCUGAGACAAGGUUUCAGGCACCUGAAUGUGCCUGAAAAUGUUGCUGUCAUAAACCAUUACAAAUACCAGGUUUGGGAGACUUUCAGGGCCAAGUUUUUCAGAAGGGUAGCAACCUAUGUUGUUGAUUGGCAGGAGGAUCAAAACCAGGGGUCAAAAGAUAGGGCACCUGGGCUAGGAACUGAGGCCAUUGAGCCACCCAAUUGGCGGUUGAGGUUCUGCGAGGUUUGGGACACUGGCCUUAAAGACUAUGUUUUGGGUUACUUUGCUGAUCCUGCAACUGGGUCACUGCCAUGGGAGAAUUCUCUUCUGUGACGAAUACAAAUUGCAGAGCUGGGUGCUUUCAGAUUGACGCCCGUGUAUAACACAGAGUAAAUCACACACACAACAGAAGCCAUUCUUUUCAUUAGUUCAAUAUUUUCAAAGUCGAAAAGGACACACACCUGAUCGGCGGAUGUGAAUCCUCUAACCGUGUCACCACCAAUUAUUGUGAUCCCUUUGUCUCCAAGUGGCUGCAAUAUUACUGCCUGGAAAAGUUGGGAAUCGUGUUAUCAAUCGUUAAAAGCAGAUAUACAAGGUGAGUUCUAAUGCACAUAAUUGAAGAAACUAAGAAAGAUGUAUAUUUCAGCUGGCUGUGCACAUCAAGUUACUGUUUAGGUGUGUGUAUUCCUGAUGAACGAAUCACUGGAUGAACAAACAUAUUUACUUGAACAGAUACACAUGAUUGAAAAAAAAAAAAAAAAUUCUAAGAAGAAAACUGAACCUGUGUAUUUGAAGGCAGAAAUGGCAGCUCAGAUUUCCCAGGAUAAAGAUAUAGGUUUGCCAAAUAGCUCUCUGAAAAAGCAGGUGGUCUCAAGAUUAUCAAAAACAUUUGGUGGAAGUCUAGUUCAGAUGUGACAUGGUAAAAUAGUUGAAAAACUUCAACAGAUGAUAUGCAGAGUCCUUGGCAAGUACUUACGAACUCCUGAUUUCAUAACACCUCGAUAAAGUGAUCCUUGCAUCAGUUUAUCAGCAUCCACAAACACAGCCUUGCCAUCACCAUUAGAAGAUUCUGCUGCAAAACCAAUCUGAAGGAUACAUCUGCCAUCAUAAACUAUAACAAGAGACUGGCAGCACGUCACAUCUGACAAAGAUUCCCAUGCCCUGAGAACAAGCAAUGAAAAGCAACAAUUAACCAGCCAUAAUCACAUAUUAAACAAAGUAGUGAUUUCUUAAUCUUCUAAUCCCUACAAACUAGGUAUGAUUGUAUUGCAAAUCACAAUGUAAUGCUACAGAAUGAAAAUACAGGAAUUUUGUGCCA